CGUCGGGAGGACGUCUGGUGGCGCUGAGUUCAGCGCUUACAUUUUGCUGCUUUUUCAUUGCUUUGCGCCCAAUUUUCCAAACUCCCAAUCCUACAAAUGUAUUCGUUCCGCCGUCGUUCUUUCCUGUGUUUCAAACGACAGGACUCUUGUUUGGCCCUUCGCGCCCCCUUCUCUCUUUGGGUUUUCUUGUGCCCGUCCAGAAAAUGCUUCUCAUCGACCGGUCGAGUGGACGGCCCGACUCCCACCCUCCGCCGAUGCUGUUUUACAUCAAACUGUUAAUUCGCGAUUGGUUUUCUCGUUUUCAACAGGAGGCGUACUGCGAGUAUCUGAAGAGCAUCAAGUUUAUUUCACAAGCUUUAAUAGAAGAUGCCCAGACAAAGGGCGAGAGAGAGAUGGUCACACCUGAGGUGCAGAAGAUGCUGAAGUUGGCUGAGCAGUGCUUGGGACGGAUCAAAACCACAGCCACCAAACUGGGAAAAGCGGAAACUAAAGCUGCAGUGAGCCAGGCCGUCAAGCCUUCGUACACCCCAACCCACCGCAGGGUGGUCUCUGACGGGGGCGGCACAAACAAGUCGUUUCUAACUCCGGAUGUCUUUCAAAAACUGCAGCUGCCAGAAACGUUAACAACUAAAAGAGAACUCACCCCACUGGAAGAAGCUUCGAGACAGAAUCAGAAACUGAAGGCAGCGUACGAGGCGAGGAUGGCGCGGCUGAACCCGAACCAGAGCUCGCAGAAAACCUCACUGACAUUGUCUCUUCAGCGACAAAUGAUGGAGAACCUGAUUAUUGCCAAGGCCAGGCAGGCAGCGCUGCAGAGAAAGAUGGAAGAGCGACGACUGAGACUGCAAGAAGAAGCCAACAGGCGAUUUUCAACUAAUGCAACACUAACUCCUGAGGAAGAAGAGCAGAGAAAUGUAUACGCAAGCAUCUUGGAGUUUGAGCAGGAUCAUGAGUGGCCCAAACAAUGGAAAUUGAAACUAAAAUCUCAGCCGAAUGAUCUGAUUUUGGUGGGUGGCCUUGUGUCCCAAAUACUGAGCUGUCCAGAACAUCCGAUUUCCCAGCUACUAAAGAAACUGCAGUGCAGGAUCUACAGCAAGCUCUAUCCCAUUGUGAAUACACAUUUCUCUGAUCAAGUUGCCUUAACAGAACCAAAUGCAGGUACUGGGUUAUAUCCGGCCCAAAGCCAGUGUUUGCUGAACACAGAUGUGAAGUCAUCACUCCACAAGGGAAGCAGGUUAAAGUCUUCCAAGAGUGCAUGUUGUUUGGGAUCUGUUCAAGACCACGUUAAAAACAAUAGUGUUCGAUUGAGACAUAGCUCCUCUGUUACAUCGGUGGUGUCCGUUGAAGAUCACAAUGCAAACACUGAUGCUUGGGAUCCCAAAGCACCUGGUUCAAACAUAAUGAAACCGAGCUGUUCAACCAAGGAUUUUGCCCCAAAUCAAGCGAGUGAGAAAAACAGUCCUUUCGAAGAUCUGGAACAGGACAUGAUGAAGUUUGAGCUACAACCGGGAAGCAUUGCAGACAACAUGAAUCUCGCUGUAAACAGCGGGCAACAGAUUCUCGAAACGGAAGACAUGCAACUGCAAGAUCACUUGAAGAAUAUUGUAAAGGAUGUGCACAACUCGAUAGACCGAUUGCUGACCUUGUGCAUUCUGGCUUUUGAGCCUCUCGACAGCGCGACUGGAAAAGACCAAUGUUUGGCCAGCAUUGAGGAGACUUUUUUUCAGCCCAUCUGGAUGUUCCUGUUAGCUCUGUUUAGGAAGGUAAACCAUUCGAGGGAAAUGGCUCUCGACAAAAGCCUGAAACUGUACAGAACGGCUGGCCCAGCAGAUGUUGGUGUUUCCGAUAAACUUUUCCCCCACAAAUCCACUCCCUCCAUUGGUUCUUACCCUUAUGAAAUAGCUGUACAGGAGCUAAGAUCAAUAAGUAAAGAAUUCUGUCCACAAAAAAAGCUGGAAUGUAUUGUACGAACACUGCGUCUAAUCUGUGAUUGUGCUGAACAGUACUGCGGUUCCAGACAGUCUGGGGCCCUCAUUGUUUCUGCAAUUGGAGCUGAUGAUCUGCUCCCCAUACUGUCUUAUGUGGUGCUGAAGAGUAACUUAACCCAGCUGGUAUCGGAGUGCGCAGCACUGGAAGAAUUUAUUCAUGAAGGGUAUUUAAUUGGUGAAGAAGGUUACUGCCUUACAUCUAUGCAGAGCGCUCUUUUGUAUGUGGAAUCUUUGUCCAAAGAAUAAAUAAUAUAUUUAAAUACAUCUCAUACUCCCCCACAUGUCUAUAAAAGUGGCUUCUUCUAAAGCAGAUUUAGUUUUGUGCAUUAAAUUCUUUGGCUAAAGCACUUUUGUUUUUUCACCAUUAAUAUAAAAUCAUUUGGAAAACAACCAAUCUAAGGACUGCUCGUGGUAAAAUGAUAUCCUCGCGCACACUCUAUCUUUACUGUAUAUAUGACUGGUAUAGGGUAAAUUAUAUUAUUUCUGUUUGAGGGAAAUAGUAGAAGAUUGCAUGAGAGAUCAAGAGGAUAUAACAUUAAACUUAAGUCACAGAACUGUUUCACACUGGAGAACGCAUUUACUGAACUCCGCACUACCACAGUCGGCUGUACUGCUAUUUCUAUGAAGCCAAUUUUGUCAAUGGAUAAUAUCUUUCAAUAUUUUUAUUAAUCUUUAUUUAAGCCUCAAUACUCAAAGACUUGUUCUUAAGAAGAUUUUAAUUUACUACGUUUAUUUAGCUGGAGUAUUAUAUAUUUUUGUAUAUAUUUCAUUCUGAAUUAUUUAGAGGGAAAAUAAAUAACUAAUAUUAAUUUAAACUUGUCAUCUUCCAGCUGCCUGUCUUCCUAAUGCUAUUUGAAAAAUCUUUAAAUUUCCAGUUUACAAGAUGGAAGGAAUGUGCAUUGCUUAUUACCGCUAUUACUUUGCAUGGUUUUUCUGCCCAGCCUAGGCGCGAAGAUAUGGUCACUCAAGUGAUUCAAGCAGACUUAGUUGACUUUAGCUUGGAUAGCUUCUGGAACUAUGUUAGUUACUUACUCUUUUAAUGUUGGCAGCUGUGCUGUGGUUUCAAUGCAAUUUGUUGUUAUGGAUUUGUUAUAGUUUUUAUAAAGUCUUGGGGCUGCAAGGAGUAGCCUUUCAACUCCUAAUUUUUCGUCUGGUCUUACCUUAAAUUCCGUGUUGUGACAUGUGCGCACAUACACAGGAGAAAAAAGCUUUGCUUCAUUAGUCCAUUUGCUUAAAAGUCAGCAGCAGUGGUUAAUUCAUUCAUUGUGUUGAAACUGAUUGAAAUGAUUGUGUUAAAAGGCUCUAAUAGUUAAAAUUGGACUACGUUGAUGUAAUUUUUUUGAAAGUUUGAUCGAAGCAAAUCAGGUUUUCCUCGACUAACUAAUACAUUAUUGGACUUCUAGACAUGAGCAUUCAGACAAACUUUUAUUGUGGAUUCUGAAAUGUAAAUUGCAGUGGACAAAGCUGAGAAAUGAUAUUAACAUGUCUUCCAAAAUGUCAUUAACUGCUUGGAAAAGCACUUUACUGUUCACAAGGUAUGUGUUGGCUCAGGGAGUGGAGAGCUUGCUCGUAGCUUUGCUGUCCUUCAGCUGUUAUUCAUUCAAAGUGUGAGGGUUUUUUAGGGGUGGAGUGAAGAAAGCUGAUAUUGACAUAUACAAUAGAUUGAGAUCAGAGAGUGGUAUUAAAAUAGUAAUAGUAUCUGAGUGAUUCUUUUUCGCUCCUUUUUUUUCCCCGCUUUUUCUCCUCCUCCCCCAUCAAAGGAAGCUUCUGUAUGAGUUGUGUAAAUCCCAUGAUAAAUGAGUGAGGAUGCAGGAACCUAAUUUAACCUUUUUUGCAAAAAUGUAUGUAACUAAAAAACGCAAUGGCUGAAUACUUUAUAUUUAUCUGGUGUACAUGUUUGGAACUUGGUCCUCAAGAGAAGUUAUUUGGGUCAUCCAAUUGAAGUUAUUUUUCAAUGAAAAUAAUUGGGUGGAUGUCCAUCUAUUUUAGACUGCUGAUUUUAAUGGAAUUACUAGUCCUCAGUGCAUGAUUUGCCAGAUGAAAUUUACUGAUGUUCUCUCUCCUUGACUUGCUUUUGGCAUAGGAAUGCUAUUAAGAGACACUGCUCACAAUAAUGUACAUCUUAAAAAGACACUGACUGGGUGGAGAAAAUCACUGGUAGUGAACACUGACCCACUACACACGUUCCAACAUUCCUAAGAAUGGCCUCAAGCAAGACAUUGAUUGAAAUUGGAGCCCUCGGCAAAAUACAUUGAAUGGCACUAUUUUUAAGUUAGGAACAAGAGGGAAGAAAAAUAUUGAAGCCAAUUUAAGUGGUCUGAAAUCAACUUGUGCCAAUAUAACAGCAACUUUGUGGCUGGUGUACAAAUAUGUUAUCAGAUCAAUGACUCAGAUUUGACAAUGCACAGAUGCAAAAUUCAGAAGUAAUUUUAGAUUCUCCCAUUAGUGGAGUUUAUAUUGGAGAAACUUUACAGGAACAAAUGUGUAUGAUUGUUCAAAUUUUUAAAUGGAAUGUUACCUUUCAGUCUACCUCUGGUCUGAGACGGUAAACUUCCCCUAAUUCUGGGAAGAACACUAGGAAGAGAUAGAGCUGUGACAAUAUUUUAUUUGGAACGGAUUCUUACUCAAAGCCCAACUUUUAAACUGGUUGAAAUUUUCUGUGAUUCCCUUUGAUGGCAAUAACAUUCAAGGCUUCUGAUUCAAAAUGAGCCACGGAAGAUGAAAAAUGGCUAUUGCUUUACUUUUACUAAAUGUAUCCAUCACUUUUGCAUAUUUAUCUUAUAUUUGAUGAUUUCAUCAAGUUUCUCAAUUACAAUAAUAUAGUCAUUGUUACAACAGUCUGCAAUUUGCCCAAAAGUCUUUUGUGUCUUCUAGGUAUCUUAUGGGGAAAAAAAUGUAGAUUCUCACAAGGGAAAAAGGGGGGAAUUCUGUACACUGGGGAUAUAUGUGAAGUAAACUGUGAGGAUGGAAUUAUUUAAUUCUGUGCAAUUUCAAUGUAUUGUAUCUUCAAAUAACAUUUGUAACAUAUUCACUUUACAGCAUUAACAAUGAAAUUAAUUUAUGUGCUACUCUGUAUGAAUGCAGAAUAUAAUUUUUCUGGCUGAAUUGUGUGUUCACUUGUUUAAAUAUUUGUACUGUGAAUAUAUUAAGCAGAUGCAUCUGGAAUUAUUGUGAUCGUACAUUUUAAAAAUAAAA